AAUCUCGUGAAAAUUAAAUCUCUCUGAUUGAUAGAAAUCAACUUCAGACAAAAAAAUAAGGACAAAAUUUAAAAACCCUCUUAUUUUAUUUAUAAUUUUUUACAACUAAAAUAUUUCUAAUGGAUGAUUUUUAAUAUACCACUUUUAUAUAGUUUGUGUGGCCGGAGUGAAGUCGUGAAUGUUGACAUUCAAUAUGGCGGUAUGUCGUCAGUGCUAUGCUGUGUCGUGCUUGUGAGUGUCGGUUUCGGGCAAACGGUAUAGCCUAUAGAUAGAAACAGAAUAUACGAUUACCUUCAACAAGCCGAUGUACCACAGAGCUCCGAUUCAGCAAGCAUUGAAGACAUCUGAGGAUCUAGUAUAUCAUAAUCAUAAGUAGAUUUAUUUUUCAAUAUUAGUGGUUUUGGUGAAGAAAUUGUGACACUUGUGAAAGAGACAUGUUGGUGUUCCAAUGAACACAAAGACUAAAGAAAAUGUGAUUUGUUUUCAAUAAAUUGUAACCACUUUUUAAAAUACAUUAUUCUGUGAUAUAUUCGUAAAUACAGCGUUUUUUGAGAAAUAUACACAGAAGAUACUGCAUUAAACAAGGAAUAAUGUCAAGCAAUCCUCAGUGGAAGAUGUUCCAGCCGCCAGAUUCACACUCAUCACCCCUGCAGGAUAUUCUAGAUCUCCAGCAUUCUAACAUGCAGGCCAAACAGGCCUAUCGAAAUGGUACGUUUAGCAGCGAUUAUCCAAGUUCUCCAAGAGAUAAUUAUAACAACGUGGGAAAGACUGGCGGGGGUGGCGGCAACCGCUUCACUCUCGCCAACUACAACAUAGAUGGGUGCCCGAUGGGCGACUCGGUGGGGGUCUACUCCUCCAGCUCCAACAACACAUCAUCCCAGCAAUACGACUCUGUCAACCACCCGCCUAUCAGAGAAACUGGGAUUAUUGAAAAGCUACUGCAUUCCUACGGAUUCAUACAGUGUUGUGAGAGGCAGGCGCGCCUGUUCUUUCAUUUUAGCCAGUUUAGUGGAAACAUUGAGCACCUCAAGAUCGGGGAUCCCGUGGAGUUUGAGAUGACUUACGAUCGACGCACGGGCAAGCCUAUUGCCUCUACAGUCACCAAAAUAGCACCUGAAGUGGUAUUGAGCGAAGCGCGAGUAACGGGCACUGUGACCACCGAAGUGAAGGGCGAGGGCUCCGGCGACAACACGGGCAGGAUAUCGUACGAGAACCGCGGCGAGUGCUUCUUCCUGCCCUACACGAAGGAUGACGUCGAGGGCAACGUCACGCUGCAUACCGGCGACGCUGUCAGUUUUCAAAUCGCUACCAAUCAGAGGGGCACCCUAGGCGCCUGCCAUGUGCGCUUCGAGAACCCCGUGCACCCGGUGAAGUAUCACGGCGUGGUAUGCUCCAUGAAGGACAACUUCGGUUUCAUCGAGCGCGCCGACGUGGUCAAGGAGAUCUUCUUCCACUACUCGGAGACCAAGACCAAAGAGGAGCUCGCGCUGGGUGACGACGUUGAGUUUAUCAUUCAGACUAGAAAUGGAAAGGAAGUAGCCUGCAACAUAACGAAGCUGCCAAGCGGCUCCGUCGUGUUCGAGGACGUGAGCCCCGAAAUGAUGAAGGGGCAGGUGCUGAAGCCUCUGGAGAAGGGCGCUGCGCGCGCGCCGCAGAACGACCCGCUCCCCGGCCGCAUCCGGUACCGAGCCGCGGACCACUCCGAGGUCGAGGUGCCGUUCGGCGAUAAGGAUCAGUGUGGCGAGUUCACGCUGAAGCAUGGCGACUGGGUGCAGUUCCAAGUGGCCACCGACCGCAGGGAUCAACUCAAGCGCGCCACAAAUAUCUCCUUGCUGGAUGAGUCUUUCAAUGUUUCUGGAGAGAGACGGGAGCAAGGCGUGGUGUGCUCUCUUCGGGAAGGUUUCGGCUUCCUCCGCUGCGUGGAGCGCGAGCAGACGAUGUUCUUCCACUUCGCGGAGGUGCUGCGCUUCGGCCUCAUGGCAGAGAACCCCAAGGACCCUAAGGACCCUAACAACGCCAACAAGUAUAUACUCAGUGUCGGAGACGAGGUGGAAUUCACCGUGGACCCAGUGACGUCGUUCUCCAACAUGAACACCCGCCAGAGCGCUAUCCGCAUCAAGCACCUGCCGCCCGGCUCCGUGCAUUUCGAGACCCUGGUCGAGCGGGGAGUGCGCGGCGUCGUCACUAAAGAGGCUCAGCUCUACAGCUCCAACUCCAGCCCUACUAGGAACCCGCCUCCAGAAUACAAUGGCGUUAUCAGUUGUCAAAUCAACGGAGCUAAGAAGAAUCUUACCUACAUGGCCAAGAAGUGCGACUCCAAGAUGCUGCCUCGAGUUGGCGAUAAGGUCAUCUUCGAUAUUUAUCAGGUGAAGAGAACCAAGGAACUGGUAGCGAUGUCAGUGACGAUCCAACACAGCCUCACGAACGGCGGCUCCAGCAACGGGAGCGCCGCGUCGCGGGGCGUGCUGCACGGCUUCAUCGCCGCGCUCAAGGACGGCUUCGGCUUCAUCGAGACCUCCGAUCACAGCAAGGAGGUGUUCUUCCACUUCAGCAAUCUGGAGGGUAACCCGGACAACCUGGAGCUGGGCACGGAGGUGGAGUACGGGCUGGGGCGCGCGGGCGGCUCGGGCGGCGGCUGCGCCAGCGCCGAGUUCGUGCGCGUGCUGCCGCGCGGCACCGUGCCGCUCGCCAAGCCGCUCGAGCCCGCGCUCAACGGCACCGUCACCCGCACGCUGCGGGCGCUUAACCCGGAUCAACCUAAAUAUUGCGGUCUGAUUCAAAUGGAGGGCGGCACAUCUUACGAGUUCGGAAUCAUGGGGCUGGCGUGCAAGCGCGAGAUCCUGCAAGUCGGCGACCCGGUCACCUUCCAAGCGGACGCAGAGGGCCGCGCCACUAACAUCGUGCCUAUACGCAAGAAGCGACGCGCCACCGUUGACGCCAUCAAAGGAGGCUUCGGAUUCCUGUCGCUGUCGGUGGAGGCGGAGGAGCAGCGGCGGCUGUUCUUCCACAUGUCGGAGGUGCGCGGCAACCCCGCCGAGCUGCAGCCCGGCGACACGGUCGAGUUCGUCAUGCUCACCAACCCGCGCAACGGCAAGAGCAGCGCCUGCAAUGUCGUUAAAGUCUCUAGCGGCAAGACGGGCGCGAAGCCCCGCCCGGAGCGGCCCGAGCGGCUGCUGGCGCGGCUGCGCACCGCCUCGCUGGAGGAGUCGGGCGCGCCGCGCGUCAUCGUGCUCCGCGGCCCGCGCGGGCCCGACGGCUCCCGCGGCUUCCGUCCGCGCCGACCCAUCGCAGAAUUAUUAGCCGAGUGAACAUCAGCGGGCGACGCACCGCGGCCUCUGGACACCGGCAGCUACGUUUGUAGGUAAAUCUCCUAAUGGUUUGAUUUUCGAUUCAAAUUGUUUCAUUGUAUUCACGAGAGACUGACUGAUUCUCUUUUCUUUAGCAGCAUUUAGAGAAAUUGUUUUGUGAUUUUUACUAAUUGUAGGAGAAAAAACUCUGUUAAUAAAUUGGCAGCUGCCAUGAUACCGAUCAAGUUACAUCCACGUUGCGGCUUGUGAUCAAUGAGCGAUGAACAUAUCAACUUUAACCGGACCUUAUUAUUUGCUUAAUUACAAAUUUCCUUAUUACGUCGGUAAGAGGUUCUUUUUCGCAUGGUUACUUUGUUCAAAAUUCCGUUUCACAUAUUGUACUCUAGCUGUUCUUAUGGUUUGCCAAGUUCAGUGCCUGUGGCAUCCAGCUCUCGAAUACUAAUGUAAAUACCCACCGCAGCCGUCAGCCGCCUGAUCUGUAACCGACUGACUGCUGCGUUGGACAUCCAUUGAAUAUUUUAUGUGCUUAUUUGUAAGGAGAAAUAUCAUCUCUGACUCGUUAGUGUUCUGUACCCACGACGCGUUCUGUCUGUACGUAGGUGACACAUAACAAAUGAGGGUUUCUAGAUCUCACGUUAUUGUAACUUAUUGCAAGUAGAUCUCUGUCGGUUUAGUCUCUUCUGUGAUGAUGUAAUUUUUUUGUGCAAUACAUUUGUAAAACAAAAGCGGCACGUUUAGGGCGGUAUGGCGCGUCGCUUGAUGCUUUGUAAGUUCUUUUCGCUGACCUUACGAACCCCUAGCAACGGCGGCAUAUUUUCCAAGUCUUAACGAGCGUCCUUUCACCAUGUGAAUUAAUCUUUAAAUAUACCCACGAGCAAUGUUAUUUAAUACAAACUACCCGGUUUCAUUGCUCAUGAUUAUAUUUUUAGCCAAUUGUACAGUCAGCGUCAAAUACUUCGUAGCAGUCAAAGUGGCAAAAUAGUUCGGUACACCAUACUAAAUAUAUGGUGUACCGAACUAUUUGGCUACUUUGGUUGCUACAAACUAUUUGACGCUGACUGUACAUACUCAUUUGUGAAACUAGGCGCUGUAUCACGAAUGACAGCAAUAUUAAUUCACGAAAUGGAUGCACCCCAACUAUGAAAACAGGUUCCUUGAUGAAAUAAGUCUUAUAGACGCAGUUUGCCGUUUUGGUUGUAUUUACGAAUAAGUGGUGUUGUAUUGUUUGUGUUGCCUAACCCACUUAAAGAUAUUCGCAAAUAUUUUGUUUGUAAAUUAUUCUGAGGAGGAUAGGUUCUUGUUAUAUACCAAAUCAAUGUUUACCAAAGGACUAGAGGAUCAUGGAGUACUCUAACUUGGUGUGACUACGUGUCUGGGUCAGUCGAUAAAUAAAAUUAAAUACGUUUUUCUGAAGUAGACAGUUAAUAUUUUUCUAUGAAAUUUAACGGUGGAAUUUGAAUCACGUUGUGUAGACAGUAGUACAUUACUAUAGAGGCCGGGAAACGAAGGGUUGCAGGCCAAGUAGAUAUAGAUAGGGAUGCUCGGCCGGCAACCCCGUUUCUCGCCGAGAUUUGUAUAAUUAGUGUUUUUCUCAAACUUGCAAUAAAAAAAAUGUUGCAACAUUUAAUUGCAAGUUCGAGAAAAAUUAUAUUACUGUACCUUUUUUUUAUAAAUCAAAUUAAAAUAGUAAAUUAAGAUACAAGUGUGAAAAGUAGGAAAUUCGCAACAAGUGGCGAUAAAUUAAAACGACCAAAGGCAGUGUUUUAAAUCGACACAAGUUGCGAAUUACUUUUUCGCACGUGUAUUGUACAACAUUGCACGUGUGUUGUGUUUUACAGUACAUAUGGCCCUUUAAAUUUUCGACAUACGCACGUAUAGUGCUAGUUUACUGCACUAGGGCGGUAAAUUAGAGCCAUAUGUACUGUAAAUAAAAAUAAAGAUGAUCUUUUUUAUAAAACUCUAUAUCAGUUUUUGUAGUGUAAAUCGUUGUUUAUUCAAACUGGAAUCAAAUUAAUCAGCUGCUUGUCUGUAUUUUAAACAAUAAAGAUCCCAUUGUAAUCUGUAUAUACUCUAAGAUACCAUUCUUUGAAUAUGGGUGAGUUAUAAUUAUCACACUGAAAGGAAAAAAAGCGGUAGGUUAUUUAUUACUUAUCAAUUAAAUUUGGCACACGCGCCACUGUUGUGCGGAGCGACCACACUGGCGAACUUCCGCUUUUAUUAUAUCUGAUUAUAGCGUUUAAUCUUGCCGAUUCAAUACAACUUCAUUACAUUGGGUGGCCCGCACAGACUAAUCUUAUUCUAUCAUACCUAAUUGUAAAGCAGUUGUAUCGAAAAAAAAAACUAAAAUGUUUACUAUAGACUUUUUCAAACGCGAGGGGUAGGGUGACAUUUGUUUUUUUUUUUCAUUUCGUGCCAUUGACGUUUCGGACCAAUCCUUUUUUUUAACAAAAAUAACUUGGAUCCCUAAUGGACAAAAAUACACAUCUUCGUAGCUUAGAAUAUCUCAAUAUAAUAGACACAAAUCACAAAAAUAUAUAAUGUUAUGUUAUAAAAAUAAAGAGAUAAAUUUUAAUGUCGUUGAGUUUCAUUAUGUAAAAUGGAACUCAAUUGCAAUAAAGUUUGUCUCUACUUAUCGACCGACUCGAUUCCGCUCGUGUCAAAUCGUUUCAAUCCCGUCGAAUUGUGAAACUUAAAAAUAUAAAUCAUCAAUAGAAUCGAUUAUAUGGCAGCAGGUUUAAUCGUUCUCGGUUAAAUCUGCUGCCAAAAAAUCGUUUUUACUUUGCAUUGUCACAACCCUAUAACUUAUAACUUUUUGACAUACUGUGUCAGCCUACUCUACGAGUUUGAAAAAGACAAAAGAAGUAAUUUAUACUUUGGCAACACUUACACCAAAACGUCCGAGUAUUAGGUUUUUGUGUUUAACUGUCGAAAUUGUCCCAAUGUACAUUACUGUAAAUGAAACACGUGUUUAUUUGUAGUUGUUUAUGUGACGAAUAUAACGUUGAGUUCAUUUUGAAUGUAUAGUGCGAAAAGUUAAAAUGGGUUUGGCGGUGUGUGUCGGCCACCCCGCAGCGUCGGUCACCGGUUGGCGAGCCCAGUCCGCGGUCCGUCUUCAUCUGGUAUGUGUCGCCCGAUCCACAAGUGCUGAUUCCUAAUCCCACUCUACCUUAUAUUUACGAUUUAAAAACUAAAUGAACAAAAAUCAAACUAAUCGGAUAAAAAAGCAUUUAUAGAAGUAUGCAAUGUACUGGAAUGGAACCAAAGACUGAAAAAAAAAUAUUUAUUACAAUAAUAAUAUUGGUGUUAGAUUAUUUUAAUUAACGGUAUGUUGAGAACUAUUCACUUUGCGGUCGUAGUAAUUUUAAAGUUUGUCAUCGUUCGAUAUUGUUUUGUGGCAAAUCUAUGACUGACGGAUGUGUGGCGCGUUGUUACGUUCUUUAAUUAAACGUAGCUUUUUCGGAAUCAAUUGAUGUUGAUUUCUAACGGCGCCUAGCUAUCAGUUGUGUAGACUGAAAGUAUAUAAGCAAUACGAUAAUGUGUUCAAGAUCGUAUUCAGACGAAGGGAUCGUAGGUAAGCUGGUCACGGAAGGACGCUUCCCUCCCCGCCCGUCCUCUGCACCGCGACCAUCUUAUCCUCCCUCUUUCUUAUCGUUACUAUCAAUUGCUUUGCUAGUGCUUAAUUCGCGCACUGCACUUAUUGUCGAUUACACACAUUGUGCGAGUAUUGUUUGAAAAUAUGUAAAAUAAAUUUAACCUGUAAGUCAAAAUAAACUUUAGAAUUUAAAAAUGUAAAAAAAAGGAAUUUUGGACAAACGUUAAAAAUUGCGCUUUAUAAUACAAGAUUUUAAUUGCUGUAUCAUAUGUAUGCUCAUGUAACCAUAACUUAGUAAUAGUCUUAAUAAUAUAAUAAUCAGGAUACUUGGUGUUGUAGCGUACGAAGGUAAGCCCCGGGUCUGUUCGGGUAUAGGUAUUAUUAUUAUACUAGUCUUAAACGAUUACGCCGAUUAUCAUACUACGCAGAUGAUAGAUGUAGUGCUAGCGACGCCCGUCGCCGCCGGGAGCUGCCUGGCCUCGUGGCCGCGUGACGAGCGCACCCACUGUUCCGUGACAAGCCACGACACGUAGCUGUAAUUUGGCGAACCACUCGUAAAUGCCAGUGCCUAAAAGAACCUCUGAAAAGAAAUGUCUAACCUAAAAAAAAUGUUAUAAAAAAUAUAUAAGCCUUUCAGAAUUACAAACUUUUAAAGUAAUCAUAAGAGUUUAUUUUAAUUUAGUUGGAAUGUAUUCGUUAGUCAAGUUAUUUAUGCCAAAUGUUUAUACAACCCCAUACGGUUUUGGGUGCGCGAAUGAAAUGGAUGUAGGUCACGUUCGCGGGCUCCACCGCGCCGCCGAAGAGCGCUGUGGGGCCAUCCACGCUUCUCACUCCAUGCCGACUGUCCAUUUAGUUUCACCAUGAGAUGUAUUUUACUACGUGAGUUUCUUGUAGAGGAGCCAUUAACACGGUACAACUUUCGAAUUUUAAUGUUAACGUGAUAAUUUUUAUAUAUGUGAUGCCUUUAUAGGAGUUGUUGAGGAACUGGCUACUUUACACGAUCCGUUAACGUGCUGUUGUGAAAAAUGCCGGUCGCGCCGCCGCUCGGGCUUAAAUUAAUCGUAAUCGGGGACAAGAAAUGGUCUCACUAUACUAUUACUUUCUCAGAAUCAUGUACCUAUCUUUUCACGUUAUUUUGUAAUCCGGACUUCAUUUUAUAGUUAGGUUUCUCAUUCCACUGAGAAAGUUAAUAGAAUAGAAGUGAGAUGGCUCGACGGCGUCGCGUCUCGCGAUUUUCACUGAUCAUAAUCGUCACCGAUGCCUAACCCGCGCCCUCGAACGACGUAGCACGGCGACGAGACGAAGGGUUAACGUAGCCGUGUUGGUUAGCUCGUUGGACGUUUAUGACGCUGUAUACGUUAGAACGAAUGCAUAUUCUAAAGUUUUUGUGAUUGUUUGCCGACGGCCGGCCCCGCGGGCCGGCACACCAUGUUUAUAGCUUGUACGACUCGUGCGAAUAGAUACAUACAUAUACCAAUAAACGAUGUGAUUACGCCA